AAGGCACGCCGUGACCUGGAUCUGGCGAGGCACCCAGAGUGGCCUCAGAGGAAUUGGGCCAGCUCCAGCCUGUUAGAAUUUCCGAGACAAGAAAGCGCAUAUGUCUCUGACAACCUGAUCCACCAAUCGAACUCGUACCUUGCUUUCUCUUCCUCUCGCUGGCGGCGGCGGCGGCAUCGAUGUCCAGCGGAGGCGAAUCGGAGACGGAAAUGAAGAGGCCACCUUCCCCCUCAACUCCUCCGAGCGACGGCGUAGACUCGGCCAUGUCUACCGCCAGCAUUGAGGACGACGACCAUCAGGCUGUCAUUGAUGACGAAGACGAGGAUGAAGACCUAGAGAAAUACCAACCUUUUACCGUUGAUGAUUUCCCAAGGGUUAGUAGUGAGUUUGAUGAGCAAUCUGAUGCUGUGUUCCAAAAUCCUGAUAUUCAACUUCGAGGCCCUUCGGCAACGUUUCUUUUCCGGGCAUUCAACAAUCCCCUUGUUGAAAAACACAAGCAUUUCUUCGGUAGCCAAUAUCAACUCUAUGAUGAGUCUGAAGUCAACGUGAACAACAAUGUUAGGGCCAUUGAUUGCUCACACGGUUGCCAUUGUGUACCGAGCGGCGUGCUGCAGUUCAUUGAUCUCAAAACUGCUGGUUAUCGCCACGUCCAACCUGGAUGUGCCAAUAUAUUUGGUUUUUUCGCAGUACGUGAGAAUGGUGAACCUUUGCGCAACUAUGUGUACAGGCGUGGGAUUGACAAUUAUGAAGCUGUAAAUGUGAAGCGGGAUACGGGCAUUGCACAUUUAUCGCUGACUAGCCCUGCUCGAUGUAUUCACAUGGGAAGCCGUGUGUUGUUUGAAUUCAAGCUUUCUGUACGGACUGAUGACCAGCCAGAAGAUGGGCCAAAAGAUGACCUUCUGAUUGAAGGAUGUACCGAGUUUACUGAGUUUAUGAACAUGCACAAAACAAGACCAUUCAUCGAAACUCGGCGUCUGUAUGGGGAAAAGUGUGGAUUGGAUAUGAAGUUUCUGGUGUUGUGGAAUGCAGUUCAAGCAAAAGUUGAUGUUGAGAUACUUCAUGCUCCUGUCAAUGGCCUUAAUCUGAAUCUUUAUGCGAAGACGAGUGGCUUCAGAGAUGUGAUCCGCCUCCUUUCUGGAGUUACAGAAUCAGGUUGCAGAAUGAGUUCGGUCGUAGGAGUGAUGAGAUACAGUUACCUUAUUCUUUGUAUCGAAGGAUCCCCGAAAGAUGGUGGUUUUUCUCAAGAGCUGCCGUGUUGUAUGUGGGAAGGUCGAUUUGGUUCGGGGUAUCAUGGAACAGUGCAUGAAAUGGUGUAUCUUCAUGAUUCCACAAAAAUUUCUGUCAAGGUUACCUGGAAGGCUGUUGAGAGUUUACAUGACUUGGAACACUGAGGACCGGAAGAAUCUGCCAUGUACGCUGCAUCUUAUAUUAUUCUGUUUACAAUAUUUUAUCUUAUGUACCAUCAAAUUUAAACAUUUUGUGCAUCAUGUGAAGAAGAAGAAUACGGACAUAAGCAAAACUCGUACAUAUAACAUGUGCAUUUAGUUAGCUCGUGCAA